AGCUCAUUUGCUUCAGUUCGAUCCAACACGUAAUGGGAUUUAGCAGCCUCUUCAUCAUAUACUAUUUUCUAUCUUCUAUAUAUGCAUAACUAGAAGGUAACUGUUAAAUGAACAAUUAAAAGUUCAAACAACAAUCCACCUCUCUCAUCUCUGCAAGCAUGAGACACCUCCGUAGCUCUUCAGUUUUAUCUUUUCCUUCUCUGCUCCUCCUUCUGUCCAUUCUCUUUUCUUUUGUAUCUUCAACUCCCCAGAAUUCUUUAUACAGAGGCUCCUCUUUGUCAGUGGAAGAUGAUUCAAAUAUCCUCAUCUCUCCAGACAAAUCCUUCACUUGUGGAUUCCACCCAGUUGGCACAAACGCAUUCAGUUUCGCAAUUUGGUUCACCAAUAUGGCUAACAGAACCGUCGUAUGGAUGGCUAAUCGAGAAAGGCCUGUUAAUGGCCGAGGCUCGAGAAUUUCGCUGCAGACAGAUGGAACAAUGAUCCUAACCGAUCUUGACGGCACAAGUGUUUGGUCCACCAACACCACCAGAACUAAUGUGCAAAAGGCAGAGCUCUUGAACUCUGGAAACCUCAUCCUAACAGAUCCACAAGGCCAAAUCUUAUGGCAAAGCUUUGAUUCUCCCACAGAUACACUUCUCCCUAUGCAACCAAUCACAAAGACUAAGAAGCUGAUUUCCGCAAAGGGAGAAGGUAUGUAUUCUUCAGGAUAUUAUAGUUUUUUCUUUGACAAUGACAAUGUUUUAAAGUUAAUAUAUGAUGGGCCUGAGAUUUCUAGUAUAUAUUGGCCCAAUCCUACAUAUACAGUAAUUCAGGAUGGGAGAACAACCUAUAAUAGUAGCAGAAUAGCCAUUCUUGAUGAUAUGGGUAGGUUUCUAUCCAGUGAUGGAAUUGGAUUUUCUGCUUCUGAUAUGGGGACUGGGAUUAGGAGGAGACUUGUGAUGGAUUAUGAUGGUAAUCUGAGACUCUAUAGCUUGAACGAGUCAACCAUGUCUUGGGCUGUAUCAUGGGAAGCUUUCUCACAGCAGUGCUCUGUGCAUGGGCUGUGUGGCAGAAAUGGAAUUUGUACCUAUACACCAAAAGCCCAGUGUUCAUGUCCCCCAGGUUAUGAGAUAUCUGACCCACGUGACUGGAACAAAGGUUGCAAGGCUAAGUUCAACCAGAGCUGCAACCAAACUCAGAAAGUAAGAUUCAUGAAGAUACCACAAACAGAUUUCUUUGGAUAUGACCUUCAUUUCGAAAAAUCUGUAUCAUUUGAAACUUGCAUGAACCUCUGCAUGAAUAGUUGUGAUUGUCAGGCUUUUGUGUACCGGUUAACAGGGGAUGGAGAAUGUUAUAUUAAGAAUAUACUCUUCAAUGGGUACAACUCUCCAGACGUCCCAGAAAACACUUAUUUGAAAGUGCCCACAAGUUUGGAUACAUCAGAAGACUCUGCCCCCAAAGUAUCUGAUCCCACUUGUGGAUCCAUUAAACCAGAAAUUCCUUUGGGUUCUUCUGUAAUGUAUGGCACACAGAGUGGAAGGACAAAUUGGGUAUAUCUAUACUCAUUUGCCCUGGCCAUUGGUGCAAUUGAAGUUCUUUUUGUUUCUUCGGGUUGGUGGUUUCUUUUUAGGAGACAUGGUGUGCCAACAUCAGUGGAGGAUGGAUACCAAGCAAUAUCCAGUCAGUUCAGGAAGUUCACUUACAAAGAGCUGAGGAAAGCAACCAAUAACUUCAAAGAUGAAUUGGGAAGGGGAAGCUCAGGGGCUGUUUAUAAAGGAGUUUUAAGGGAUGACAGAGUAGUAGCAGUGAAGAGAUUGGGAGAUGUAAUCCAAGGAGAGGAAGAGUUUUGGGCAGAAGUGACUACAUUUGGGAGAAUCAACCAUAUGAACCUAGUGAGAACAUGGGGGUUCUGUUCAGGAAGGGUCCACAAACUCUUGGUAUAUGAGUAUGCGGAGAAUGGUUCAUUGGAUAAGCACUUGUUCUCCAAUGUCUCUACGAGUAACAGCCACAGCUCUAGUAUAUCUACUUCGCUAGAUUGGAAGGAGAGGUUCAGAAUUGCUAUAGGGACAGCCAAGGGUCUGGCGUACCUUCACCAUGAGUGUCUUGAGUGGGUAAUUCACUGUGAUGUGAAGCCUGAAAACAUACUAUUGGACAGUGAUUUUGAACCAAAGAUUGCAGAUUUUGGACUUGCAAAACUGUCUCAAAGAGGAGGAUCUGGUUCUGAGUUCUCUAGGAUCCGAGGAACGAAGGGGUACAUGGCUCCAGAGUGGGCAUUGAACCUUCCUAUCACUGCACAGGUUGAUGUUUACAGCUAUGGAGUUGUGCUUUUAGAGAUUGUCAAUGGCAUUCGGCUCUCCAGUUGGGUUCUGGGGGAUGAGGAUGUAGAAAUGACAGGGCUCACAAGGUUUCUCAGGGAAGUGAAAAGGAAAAUUGGAAAUGGAGAAGACUUCUGUGUGGAGGAUGUGGUGGAUCCACAAUUGAAGGGAAAGUUCAACAGGAACCAGGCAACUAUGAUGGUCAAGAUAGGGAUCUCCUGUGUAGAGGAGGACAGAAGCAAGAGACCGACCAUGGAUGCAGUAGUUCAAGCUCUACUAGAAUGUGAAGAUGAACCACAGGUCCACACAGAAACCAUCUUCUAA